UUUGACCCUGGUCAAGUGCGCACCUCUCCACUUCCGAAAGUGUUUUUCGUGGAUUACUUUUUUUUUCCGGGCCACAGGGCGAACGAGAAUGCUCCGGAGGACUGGAACCGAAUUUCGGAUUUAGGAUUUAGUUUGGGAAUCUUUUUUUUUUUCGAAGUCGUGGUGUCUGAUUUUGUGCCUUUUAUUUUUGAUCGGGGAACUAGUGAGAUUUUACGACCCAGUGCGAUGACUCAGAGACGCAGCUAGGAUGAACCACAGACUCGGUCCAGUCUUGAUGCUAUUGUUGGUCCUGGGGGUUGAAAAUAUCAGAGCAGCGUCGUUUCGGGAUGGCCCAAAAAGACAGCCUCGUGUAGCCAUCAAUGAGUAUUUAACACCUCCAGCCCUGAAUGCUCCAUAUGCAAAUUAUGGACGACCAUCGAUUUCUGGACCUCCACCCGGAUUUCCACGGAGACCGGGAAGACAGUUAAACCAUCAACGACCAGUUACGGAUAAUUCCGGAUAUUUUUCAAGAUUUGUUAACUGGUUUAACCCUUUCGGAGGAAGAGAGAGUCCUCCGACUCAUCCUCAGUCUCCUCAGAACUCGCAGCCUCCGAGAUUUGCCCAGCCUGUUCCUCCAAAAGGAGAAUAUGGACCACCUCCAGGGUACAAGGAUGCCUUCCCUCACCCACCUCCACCCCCACCUGCCCACAACCCAGGUGACUCCAGGUUGUAUCGUCCCCCAAAGGAGAAAACCUGCAACCCGUGCAACAAAGUGCCCUGGAUUCCAAUUCCUGGUCACUCCGGAGGGGAGUUUUACGAAUCCAAAAACGUGCACCAACAAAGUGAGAUAAUUUCGGACCACGACGUGGGAGUGGUGUCUCACGAGAUCAAGACCCCAGACUUCAGUUACAACCAGAACGUAUUUUCAAAACAUGGAGGACAAGGGGAUAACGGUCCACCCUUGGUUGGUCCGAUCCCAAAUCCGCAUCUAUAUCCAGGAGCCAUGCCACCACUUUUCAAAGCCACCCCGUUCCACGGAAGCUGGGAUGAUAACGUCCAAAAUGGACCAUCUACGUCAGGACCUCAAUAUCUCCCACCACAGUCAGGACCUCAUGAUUCCAACACGAAUCCGUAUCAACAUCAAGAAUUUGGGGAGGAACUACCUCCAGAUGUAGAGGUAGCAUCAGGAAUAGAUGGAUUCAGACCUCCUUUAUCAUUCGCGUCUGAGGAACAUCAUGGAGACCAACACCAUGCCGAAUUUCAAGAUACAGGAGGACUAAGCUCCGAAAUCCAGCAAUCCCAACUGGUUUUCCAUCAGCAGGAAACUAUUUCCGCAGGAUCUGGGGGCUACUCCCUGAAGAGUCCAUCAGGUCCUGGUCCAGACGCUGGACGGAUUGCCCAACAUCCAGACUCUCAAACGAUCAUCAAACAGCAAGAAGGAGCUGCAAGCUAUUCGGCAAAGGAUCAGACAGGGCACAAUUCUGGAGGGUCAACAAUAACUCAUUCCAUCAGUUACGAAGAGUCUCCAGUGAUCGACCUGACAAUCACGGAUCAUGAAAAGGCCCCGCAGAAGAGUUAUCAUCAGUUUUCCGAAGCAUCAUCCGUUGGAGCUGGAGAUUCAUCAGCGAUUGGGGUCGAAGGUUCUCGGAAAUCUGGAGAAUCUUCUCAGAAUUCUUAUCUUCCUGUGGCACCCCAAUCUUAUGAGGACUCUUUGGUGGCAUCUACCAUCGAUAAUGGAACCGUUCACAAUCCCAAUUCCAUUGGUAACGAUAGGAUUGUUACGACCAGUGCUCCUAUCACCGUUGAAGAUGAAUUCCCGAAGGAGACGACCCAGACUCCGACGGAUUCGUCGGAAAUCUAUACUCCAGCUUCCGGAGAAGAGUUAUCAGCUACUCUUCAGGGACCUUCCGAACAGGAGUUAAGAGACAGCUAUCAACAACGAGUUUUGGGACAAGGGACUCGGGAUAGAAAGGCUCACCAGAAUUCUGGAGGUCCACAGUGGUCUUAUGGAAAUGGGGAAAAUAGUGGAGAAAGACUAGUCCCCGAUCGUCCGUCAUCUUUGUAUGUACCAUUCCCUCCUUACCCAGCCCGCAGUAUUCUGGACCAAACUACUCCAUCUUUUGGACCAACAACCGAAGAGCCAUUCCUAGAAGCUCUCAUGAAGUCUUACCAUAACUUCAGACAAGAAGUGGCCAUGGAGGAAAAUUCCGAUAGGGCAAGGCCAGGAAAAGAUGCCAGAAAUGAGCACUUUUCUAGGACCUGGUCUGGUGGGCAAAGACAAUCGUUUGAUUUUUCCUCCUCGUCCGAGAACUAUGGUCCAGGAAAUGGACCCUCGCGGGAAGACGUUUCCCAGCAUCCGGGAGCCAAGAGGAACAAGCAGGUUCAGAUUAUAAUUCCCUACACGUCUCAGCACACACCAAGUCCUUUCAAGCCUUCUUACGAAGACUGGGAUGGUAAAGGUUCACUGAGGGAAGUCAAAGCCAGGAAGGUCCCAUUUCCUGUGGCUAAUUACGAUAAUUACGCCACUCAAGAGUCCAGAAAGAUAUUAGCAACCCCCCAGGUGCCUACGGACAGUCCAGAAGGUAUUGUUCCUGGAAGGUCAGCCAACAAUUCGAUCGACGUUCUUCGACUGCAGAAGAACAUUGACAACUGGACGAUCCAAGAAUAUUCCAAAGGAACAACAUUUGCUAGCACGGCUCUGCCGACAUCUUCUGGACCGAAACUGCUUCCUUCGAAGAAGAUCCCCAGUGAAUAUCUAACUACGCCAUCAGGUUCACCUGCGAAUAGAAUAGAUAACGAAAAUGAGGAUGAUGGGAAAGGGGGGACUCAAGUUUUACCUGGAUUCAGCUUUAAUGACUUGGAACACGAAGGAUCAGCUAGUAGUCGUGUAGAGAGCUCGCGAGUUCAGGUCAUUUUUGCAAAACGUCCUACAACACAGCCAACAACAAUCAAAAUCGAGUCUGAAGGCACAUCUCAUGCUGCAACGGAAACAUCCGUCUGGAGCAACACUUCCGAGUCUACAACGGCAAGAACAAUUCUUUUAUGGCAAAGUGUUCCGGUUUCGGUUACAACAAGGGAAAAAGAGCUCGUCUACGUGGUGACGCCUCAGUCGACCUCGAAAUCCUCGAAACCUAUUGAAAUUCACAAAACUGAUAACAAUACGGAGCCAGAUAUCACGCAGAAGAGCGACGGUGAAAGUUUGCAAAAGGAACAAUCCAAAUCUCUCGGUUUCGAACUUAUCGAGAGAGCUUAUCAAGUGUUGCCGCAAGCCGUGAACAAUUUGGCUGCUAUCACGUCUACGGCAUCCGAAGGUGCUCCACUUUGGGGGAUUAUGGAACACGAAGAGUAUGUCAAAGUCGAUUCCGAAACCUCGGAUCGACCCAAACUGUACGCUGGACAUUCCAAGGUGUCAAAUGCGAGCCACUGACGAAGCUAUUUGUGAACCUGUGAAUUUUGGGUGCGAGAACCGUGAUACAAGGUGUAAUUAAGAUAGUGAAUGAUGACACUAACGUGUGUGUAUUUUGUCACGAAUCUCGAGAAACUGAGUUUAAUUCCUAAGAAGAGACAAGGUGCCUUUUUUUGACGUCCUCCAUUUCGAAAUUCGUCGAAACUUGCAGAGAUGAAGUUUCCGGUGUAUCUUUUUACGUGAAACCCUUUUCAUGUUCUACGUAAAAACAUAAAACCCUCGGAUGAGAGGACGAGCCUUGAGAGUGAUAACUACAAUUAAUAUAAGUUAUUGAAAAAUA